AACCUGCAGAAGCUGGUGGGGAUCGGAUGGCGAGGCAGGCAGCGCCCACCAGAGCUGGACCCCGAAGCUGCCGGGGGCUCCCAGAAGCAGUCACCGACACCUAACUAACGGCCACAGUCCUCUCUGGCCUCGUCGGCUGUGGUCCGGCACAGACCAGCGUGACGGGAUCUGGACCCCCAGCAGGGUGUGGGUGAUGGAGUAACGUGGAGAAGAACCCCCGAGGGACAUCAUCAGAGUGCUGCAAAGGGGAACGGAUUGACCCCCCCGCCCCCAGUCAGCUACUGGCUUGGGGGCCAGGAGGCCUGAGAGAGAUCCCUUCUCGUGCCCUCUCUCGCUGAGUUACGAUGAGUGCCAAGUCGACCAUCAGCAAGGAGAUUUUCGCCCCCCAGGAUGAGAGGAUGCUGGGAGCCGUCCAAGUCAAGAGGAGAACAAAGAAAAAGAUCCCUUUCCUGGCCACAGGGGGACAGGGCGAAUACCAAACCUACAUCUGCCUGUCAGUGACCAACAAGAAACCAACGCAGGCGUCCAUCACGAAGGUCAAGCAGUUCGAAGGUUCCACCUCUUUUGUCAGGAGAUCGCAGUGGGCGCUCGGGCAGCUCCGCCAGGUCAACGGCAUCGACCCCAACCGGGAUUCCCCCGAAUUUGAUUUGCUCUUUGAAAAUGCUUUCGACCAAUGGGUGGCCAGCACAGCCUCCGAAAAAUGCACCUUCUUUCAGAUCCUCCAUCACACUUGUCAGCGGUACCUCACGGACAAGAAGCCCGAAUUUAUUAACUGCCAGUCCAAAAUAAUGGGGGGAAAUAGUAUUUUGCACUCGGCAGCAGACAGUGUGAGCAGCGCGGUGCAGAAGGCCAGCCAGGCUCUCAACGAGCGUGGGGAGAGGCUGGGUCGAGCGGAGGAGAAGACGGAAGAUAUGAAGAACAGCGCUCAGCAGUUUGCCGAGACUGCACACAAGCUGGCCAUGAAGCACAAAUGCUGAGGGACUUUCCAUCCCCGAGACCCUCCCACGAGAAACUGGAAAGUUUGGUUGAGCAAUUUUUACGGGAAACCCAAAUCUCCACCUGCUUCUCCUUGCCAAUUCAGUGGAAGUUGCUUGUGUGUGCGCGCGUGUGUAUGUGUGUGCGUGUAUGUUUCCCAGGUGUCAGUGUGGGGAGCGGGGCCGGGGGCCUGGGAGAUGUUUUGUUCUGACAUCUCUGGGCGAUCGAGUGGAGAAAUGCUGCAGUAUCUUUGAUUCUGGUUGGGAUUUUCCCACCAGUUAGGUUAGUGAAGGGAGCGGGGAGGUGGUUGUUUUUGCUUCUUUUGAUUUGCCCAGGACUGGGGGUGUUGUGGAAGGGGUUGUUUUUUGUUUUCUUAAGAAAACUAUGAAAAUUGGACCAAAUGUUAAACUCUGCUGGAUACUCCAGCAAAGCCCACUUUUCUCUUCUGGAGUGAAACAUUUCAGUUUGGGUGCGUCCAGUGUUACCGCUGUCAUUCGGAAAUAAAAUUCCAAGACUGGCGACGUGCUGUCUGUGUAGCUCAUGCGAGGAGAAGUUGGGCGUCAGCAUUCGGCGGCCCCAAUCCCUCGAGACAGGCGGCUGUGUCUUGGGAAGCAGCAGGCGGCGUUGGCUCUCGCCAGCACUCGAAAUCCGAACCCCCAAGAUGAAUCUGCCGUCUCUGCUUCUCUCCCAACUCGCGCCCUUUUUCAGGAUCAGUCAGUCGGACUGUAGUGUGGCGGGACGUUGGCUCUGAGUGUUGGCUGUUUGGGAGAGAUGUGAUAUCCAAACCUUAGGCUCCCCUUUCCUUAUCUUAUCUUUGCCUGAAAUGAGCAGUCUCACUAAAGAGGCCUUGGAUUUUAUAAAGAAUAUACUAGUCCAGGUCUUAGAGAGCUUUGUAAGUGAAACGGGAAGCCCAAGUGUCUAUUUUCCAUGCUGUUUUCAUAGUGAAGUCCCUGGUCUGGUCUAUAGCCCUUGAGACAUGUUACGACCCUGGGACGAAGGGAUAUUUAUCUAGGCCUGCCGUGUGCAGGUCACUGAGCCGGGCCCCUGUGCGGUUCUUUUAUGUCUGACCUGUGUUGAUUUUUUUUUUUUACAUAUUAUUGUUCUAUUUUUGCUAUUUAUUUCAGGUCAUUUAAAUGGGAAGCGUUUUUGGGGGGGAAAAAAGUAGCCUCCCAGCGGUUGCUAGUUUGUCAUUAAGCAGUCCCCCUGUCUAUUUGAUGCCUGCCUUCCCAGCGUCAGUGCAGAUGGGCAAUUGGACUAACCCUUCUCCUGGAAGAAGGACCGUUUCCAGGUCUCGGUCAUGACAGCUCUGCCCUCCGGGUCUUUGGGGGCACUGGUUUGCUCAGAGGGUCAGAGCCCUAAGCUCUGGGUUAAUGCGCCCGCCCUUCUUGAGCACACAGAGGCUAAGUGCCAUCCUCCUCCCGGCUCAGACUCUCCCUGCCGUUCAUUGCUUUUCAAACCGCAUGGUACUUCAGAACCUUUUUCUCGGUUCCCACCUUACCGUUGAGCCAAAGUUGACAUAAUCAGAAUGUGCUGCAGCCUUCCACGGAGGGAAAGAGAAGCCUUUGCAUUAUUUAUGCCAUUCUGCACAGCCAAAGGUCACCUGAUCAAGCUGUCUUGGGGAAUUGAGAUUGAAAGUUGUAGCUCUAGGGGGGAAAGAUCUCUCCGGCAGUACCGCGAUGUCGGGUUGGAGAUGGGAUUCAUUUGAGUCCGAUUUCUGAAUCCUCUGAGGGAGAUCUUCCAGAUAAUCAUCUUGGGCCAGAGAUUAUUCAGGGAAGAUAACCGGUAUUGAGAUUUUUUUUGUGUUGCUUUUCUCUUCCGUCUCACAAAAGUAGUUUAAAGAGCGCAGCAGCUUGCUACCUGUUUAGUACCAGCGUCACGGAGGAAUAGAGAAUUGCCCCAGCACACCUUCCGUGCGUCACCCCAAAUGAGCCCGGCCCUUGCUCUGGGAAAUUAUUGCUUAUUGUCACCAGAGUAUUGAGAACUUGGAAGCCAUCCCCCACUUCAGUGAUUAGCUUUCUCCAAUUUUACCUCCGCCCAGUUCUUAGACACAAUUGCUCGGCCUUCAGUCUCACUCCUCAUCGAAUGCAGUACACACCCUCGACAACUACUGCCAAACUAAGCCAGAGGGGGGCCCAGGGAGACUGCUAUUGACCCUACGCUAUAGAGAGCGUCAUGAAUUAUGUUCUGCAUAAGCCUCUAGAUAUAAAUUUUAGAAACAGAUUGGAUCCCCGCUAUCGCAUGGAAAUUCUGAUGGUAUAAAUAAUUUACAAAGCAAAUCCGCAACCCCAGAAAAUCCAGACUGAGGGGUGGGGUUGGGGAGGAGGACUGGUAACCAGCAAAUCAAGCCCAGCACGAUGUUAGGGCGCCACUGCCCUAAGGGGGUUGAGCAGAUGAGGUCAGAAGCAUAAUAUAAAAUUCCCAGCCCUUCCUUUCGGGCUGAACCGGUGUUAAUUACAUCUUCUCAGUUUGUGCUUUCUGCACCACUCUGUGCCUCUCUUAACUUCCCUUGGCACUCUUGAGCUCUGUGUUCUCGGGGAAAGUUGUCUUGAUGAGAAGCAAGGAUGUCUGGAUGAGUUCCCAGCUUCCUUCACUGAUUGGCUUCUUGACCUCGGAAACUCCUUGACCUACCUUCCCACAGUUUACUCAUCUGUAGAGCAAGGAAAUAAAUUCCUGUUCUUUCCCUAGCUACUUCACAGGGCGGUUGUGAGGAGCCCUGGGGCUUUUGUUAGUGCUGUGUGCUCCUCUGAGAUCCUCGGUUUGAAGGUGCUACGAUAUUAAAGUAUUACAAGGUCACGUCCCAGGGCAGAGAGCUACAAAAGACGUUGAUGAUUUUGGACCGAUCCCGUUUAUUGCGCUCAGAGAAGGUGAUGAUUUGUUUCAUUCCAGCUCCCCAUUACAUUUCUGGAUGUAGUGUUCUCGAUGAAACUCCCGAACACCAUCCCGCACGGAAGGGAAAACUUUACAGUGUUGCAAAUUCUUCCCGGAAUGUAGCCGUCGUAGUCCACUCUAGUAUUAAUAGGCAUCGGUGUACAGGAAGUAUACCGUCAUUCAGGUUAAUGUUUCAUAUUACAGAAUGUAUUUGUAAAAUGUAACAGGAUCAGUAGUUGUAGCCACUUUUUUUAAGAUCCGCAAAGAAUGAAGGUUGUGUGUUAGAUAUAAAAUUCCAGUGAACUCUGUCUUUAUUUUGGUAGCUAGCAAAGGUCGUGCGUUCAUGUGAAAAUAUUAGGAGAAUGUCCUUAAACAAGUGAUCAUAAAGGUAGGUCGUACUCUAAUCUGCCAAAUUGUGAAACUGCUGAUAUCUGUUGUACAGUAUUUUAAUUUCAGAGAUGUUUUCAAGGAUGUCAAAUAGAGUUUUGUUUCAUUCCGAGACAAGUGGGGCUACUCUGUUGAUGAUUGUUGCAAACUCUCAUUUUUUCAUUAAACAUUUUAACUCUG